AUGAGAAGCUUGAGCUGCGGCCUCCUCUACUUUCCCUCUCUUUCCAUUGUGGCGCAGUGGUUCGAGUCGCGUCGUGCUCUGGCAGUGGGCCUGGCAAUUUGCGGUUCUGGAGUGGGUACCUGCUUAAUGGCAUUCUGUGUUCCUAGUGGCGUGCGUGCCUUCUCCUGGCGUGGCCUUCUCAUAAUCUUUGGCGCCGUCUUCUUCCAACUCGCGCUGGCAAUUGCUCUCUUCCGUCCAGUGGAGGUGCAGCAAGCAAUAGAUCUAGAAAAGUCCCGACGUCGGGCUGAGGAGCGUCGCCGUCGGCUAGAGCAUGAACGAGUUGCAGCUGUUGCUCGUCGUGAGAAGCUGCGACAAGUCACUGGACAGACACAAAAUCAACAGAAGAGCAUGAAUUCACGCAUAGGCGGCGGAAUAAUAAGUCGCAUUUUGGAAGAGAAGUUUCGGCAGCGAAGCACCUCAACUGGUAGUCUAGACGGUAUGGUGAUUACUCGAGACAACGAACUCAUCUCUCUGCGUACGGAAGCAGACUACCAGCUGGUAAAAACGGCGGCGAUGGCAGCUGUAACCGCGGAACAGAUGGACGAGACUGCCGCUGGAACACCAAGGCACGGAGCCAUUGAACAGCAAUUACAUUCGCCAUCGCAACCACAUCAGCGCUGUUCCAUUGUCUCUGAUGGGCCGGUAAUUCAGCCAUCUACAAAAGUUGAAGCGAUGAAUUUCUCUUCGGUACGUCCUCUAUCAAAAAUCCUAUCAUCGAUGUGUACUAUGCUACUUAUUUACAAUAGUAGCAUGCAAUGUGUGCUCAUUUAA